AUGACUGAUGAUUAUGGUGCUAUGAUUAAGACUAAUGGUGCACUAACAAGACAUAAAGCAAGACUGGUUGCAAAUGGCAAGUCUCAGGAAGCAUGCUUUGACUUCACAGAGACGUUUUCUCUUGUGGUGAAAGGGGCUGAUCUCGCAUACAUUUUACUCUACAUCGACGACAUCGUUUUAGCAGCGUCCUCACCAAAAGUGCUGGGACUGAUAAUUGAGUCUCUAAAGACUGAGUUUCCGAUGACAGAUUUGGGGAAAAUACACCAUUUUCUUGGGAUGAAAGCUUCUUACAAUGAGCAAGGACCGUUGUUAAGUCAAGCUACUUAUUUAUCUGAGAUCCUAACUCGAGCUGGAAUGCAGGCAUGUAAGUCGUGUGCAACACCGGUUGAUCUCAAAUCCAAACUAUCAGUAAACUCAGGAGAGCCAGUCACUGAUGCAACUGAAUAUAAAAGCUUGGCAGGAGCAUUGCAUUUUUUAACCUUCACCAGAACCGAUAUUUCUUAUGCCAUUCAUCAAGUCUGCUUGUAUAUGCAUGAUCCCAAAAAACCACUUGUCCAAGCUCUCAAGCGAAUUAUCAGAUACAUCAAAAGCACUUUACACCACAGAAUACAGCUGGUAAAAGGAUCCUUGACCAGUUUUACAGUUUACUCAGACGCUGAUUGGACAGGCUUUCUCGACACCAGAAGAUCAACUUCAGGCUACUAUGUCUUCCUUGGCCAAAACAUCAUCUCAUGGUCAGUAAAGAGGCAACAGACCGUUUCUAGAUCAAGCUCAGAAGCAGAGUGCAAAGGAGUGGAAAACACGGUUGCAGAGCUCUGUUGGAUAAGAAAUUUGAUGCUCGAGCUUCACUUUCCACACCAAGGCGUAUGUUGUUUACCGUGA